AGCAGAGCUCUCUUCGUCGCCACUUCAACGCCUCUUCCUGUUGCCGACGCGAUCGCCCAAAUCCCACGCUGUUCUCCCUCCCCCGCGAAUCCCGAUGCCGGCCGCCGUCGCCGCGGCGGCGGCCGCAGCCACCUCGGGCGCCGCGCUCGUCGUGUACCUGCUCAUCACUUGCCGCCCGCAGCCGCCGCGUGGCGCCGAGGGUGCGGCGGCGGCGGAGGAGGAGUCGCUGCUGUCGCGUCACGCGAAGGCGGGGAGCGCGGGUGGCGGGGCAGAGGAGGAGGAUGAGGAGUGGCCGCACAGCCCGCCGGCGUCGUGCUGCGAGGCCGCGGCAGUGGCGGCGCGCACGGCGCGCCGCGCGUGGGAGCUCACUGUCGGCCGGUGGGGCCUCCACGGCCUCAUCUUCGGGAUCAACAGCCACAUGAAGCGCCAGGGUAAUUUGCAGCAUGAGUAUAGUGGAAAUGACUGCCUUCAACUAAAAGGUCACGAGGUGCAUACUGAAGUAGCAUAUCUUCUUGAGUACUUGAAGCUUUGCAUGUUCUACUCAAAGAAAAGAUUUUCUGAAUUUCUGAAGUUUGGUGGGUACAGUCAAAAAGACGUUCUCAUCCACAAGUGUAGGGCGAGGCUUAUGCGUCCUUCUUUUGCAAUUGUGCGUGACCAAAACUCGAAAUGCUUUCUGCUUUUCAUUCGCGGUGCUAUCAGCACUAAGGAGCGCCUGACAGCAGCAGCUUCUGUUGAAGUUCCUUUUCACCAUAUAGUUUUAAAUGAAGGGCAGAUCGACAAUGUAAUCUUAGGAUAUGCACAUUAUGGAAUGCUUGCUGCAGCUCGUUGGAUCGCUAACCUUGCCAUUCCCCUUCUUCAUAGUGCAGUACGAGAAUUCCCUGAUUACCAAUUAAAGGUCAUUGGGCACUCAAUGGGAGCAGGUAUUGGAGCAAUUCUGACGUAUAUUCUUCAUGAGCAUUAUGAUUUUACAUCAUGCACAUGUCUAGCGUUUGCUCCUCCUGCCUGUAUGACAUGGGAACUGGCGGAAUCAGGCAAAGGUUUCAUCACAUCUCUUGUCAACAGAAAUGAUAUGGUGCCAGCAUUUUCGAAAGUUGCCUUUGAGAGCCUGCGAUCUGAGGUAAUGGUAUCAUCAAAGCUGGAUGAUCUGCAGGAUCAAGAUCACCUUAGUUUGUUCGCGAAAAUAAGUCAGCGUGUAGCUUUAGCAAAGUCUCACAUGCUGUCCAUCUCUCAUUCAGUGGGCAAGACUGCAGAUUCUGACCCUAGCAUUUCUGAGCCCUUACUGAAACAAGCACCAGAAAUCAUAACGCCUGAAGCAAACAGGCUGAACAUUGACUGUAGCCAGCAACGUGCAGAUGUAGCGGCAAAUCUAGAACAUGACUUUUCAGCCGUAUCUGUCGCCACUUCUGAAGAAAGGAUCAUACUGGUUGACAAGGACGAUUUUGCCAGUGCCAAAACUGUUACUGAAUCAUGCUGUGCAUCACAAGGGGAUGUAGAUAGUAACCAAGUAUUGGACACCGAAGAAGCAUCCUUGGAAACAAAGGAAGAAGCACCUUCCCUGACGCAGAAUGGUGCUGGUAAAGAGAAGCAAAAAGAACCACCAUCUGGUCCCGGCUCGCGCCAACUUUUCCCUCCCGGCAGAAUCAUUCAUAUGGUCGCGCAGCUCCCGCUGGAACCGAAUCCUGGUGAAGGCACCAGCAGCAACGAGAUCGUGAGCAUCUACGAGACGCCGAGAGAUUUGUACAGCAAAAUAAGGCUUGCCCCAAACAUGAUAGACGAACAUUACAUGACUAGUUACAUAAGCACAAUGGAGUCGUUGUUGGAACAGCUUCAGAGCGAGGAUACUGUAAGUACAGCACCAAAUGAUUUGUGAAAACUAUUUGUUGAACUCGGUUACGGUUAUCCAAUUCUUUUAUGUCAAUGGAAAUAUACAUAGUUUGGAUGAACACAAAUUGAGCCUAACAGAAAUCUUGAUCUGCCC